CCGGCCUCGCGCUCAGGGGCGCGUGGGGGUUUCCCGCGAGCCGCCCCCGCUGACCGGUGACUCAGCGCGCCGGGGGCGGUCAGACAAGGGCCGCUCCGGGCCCGGCGCAGGCAGAGUCCGCGAGGCGCUCGGCCGGGAAGCAGACGCGGCAGUUUCGCAGACGCAGGGAGACGCGCCGCGCCGCGCCCGGAGCAGCCUCUCGCCUCGAGCCCAUGGGACGCGGCCACUCGCCGCUCGUGACGGCGGCGCUGCUGCUGCUGCUGAGCCUGGGGCCGGCCGCCCUAACGCCCGCGCUGCCCGCGCGCUGCCCGCCCGGCAAGUUCCUCAGCUGCGCGGACUGUGGGACGAGCCCCGAGGAGGUUUGUCUCGCCUGCCCCAGGGGCACUUUCUCCGCCACGGCCAGUGCCCAGGAGACGUGCACCAGGUGCCGCAGGUGUGAAGGAAAAUUCAAAUAUAAAAGGGAGUGUUCUCCAACAAUGGAUGCAGAAUGUGCAUGUAAGGAUGGGCAUCGCUGUAUUGGAAAAGACUGUUCUAAAUGUGUAGAAAACUGUGGAGUAGGUCAGGAACCUCUUGAAGAAGCUUGCCAGACUUGUCCCAGUGGGACAUUUAACAAUCAGACCAAUGGUCCCUGCAGACAAUGGACAAAAUGCCUUCCAGAUAAGGUCCUGGUGAAUGGGACUAAUAGGAGUGAUGUGGUUUGUGGACAAGCUUCAGAAACUAUGACUCCAUCCACCAUUUCCAUCAUAGUCUCUACCCAUGUACAAGGGAAGGAUCUUCAGGUGGUCACCGUCGGGAUCGCUGUUACUGUGGCCGUGGUGGUAUGCAUAAUGUUUCUGCUGCCUUUGUAUGUGUGCUUCAGCAUCUGCGACAAAAAGAAACUACCUGCUAUGUUCAAGAAAAUGAAUGUAACACCUGAGCAAUCAACUCAAGAGGAGGAUGCCUGCAGCUGCCGCUUUCCAGAGGAAGAACAAGGAGACUGUGAUGACUGUAGCAAAUCCAAACUAUUCAGGGAUUCCUUGGUGCAUUAGAAACUGGACUUUCUAAGGAAGCCAAUUGUGGUUUCCUUUGCUUUGAGAGCACAGGACAGGAGCCUGGUUACAUAAUUGGGGUGGGGGGGGAGGAGUAGAUGCAGGUUAAGUGAAUUUUAAAACUUAUGGACUGAACAAUGCAGUCGGUGGUGGAUGAAGCAGGUCUUUCUCAGUACAUCACUGUCCUACAGACAGAAGAGUUGGUCCUUUAUUUAAAAAACAAACAAAAAAACAAAAAACCUCUUUAAAAAUUAACCCUUGCCAACAUCUCAAAUUCUAACGAAACUCUCUGGGCAGCAUCUUUAAAAUGAAAGCCAACUUACUAACUUUUUUUCAUAUGGUGGGACUAAUAUUUCUAAUAUAUUAUGAUUUACCCUAGAGACUAAAAAGCAUCAAUAAGACAGGAACCACAAGCCAGACUGGUCUUAUGUUACCUCUGGUAGGAGAUGCCUAUGCUAUAGCUUACUUAUUCAAGUUUGGGAGUGAGAAUAAUGUUCCUGAAGUUACAGACUAAACACUGACUACAGCUAGGUACAGUGCAGGCAGCCAGCAUACAAGCUUCCACCACCUUGCUCUUUUCAUGUCUGGAACUAUAGCCCCUCCUAAUUCAUGCUCAGCUAUCACACUAAUGGGUGUGGUAUAAAAUCCUAGACUGAUACUAUUUCAACUGCCAGAAUGAACUUCUAUAUCCUGCCCUACAGAAUGCUUUCCUAUUUCAGUUUAGGUAGAA